AUGCUUCAUUCAAGUCCGGAGCAGGAGGAGCCGUUCCCCUUUUUACCACCUUCUGCAAAUUGGAAAGGUGUAAAGAAGGCGAAUCCAAGACACAAUCCUUCUCAAUAUCAACCUCGUGCCGACCGCCACACUCGAUCCCAUGCCGCGCAGCCGACGUCUACCAAGGAUUCAAUGGCCAAGACAAGGAAGAAUCUUGCGUACAGUAGAAAGAUGUCUCUUUCUACAUCGAGCUCUUCGUCGCGCUCUGCGACACCUAGGAAGUUCCGUAGCUCUAUGCGAGGCGACGUUGCACCAGUGAAAGCGUUGUCCAUCAAGAAGAGAGCGCCCGCCAAUGACGGUCAUACCUACUCACACAUAGACUGUGCUGCUCCUCAGCUACGCCUUCAACGCAAGAGGAGAGUCAACAAGAGAGGCUCAACCUCCGAAGUGGACCAUGAUUUUAUGAGGAGGGACCCAAAGACCUCUCGAGUGAAUCCUAAGACGAUCAAAGAUGCGAGCCUACGUCUCGAGGAUAAGAAGUCGAGGCGAAGGUCGCGGGUCUACGAAGAGCCUGGGACCAUUCACGAUUUGCCUCUUGUUCUGGCUGGGGACCGUUCCUAUGAGUGCCUCGUCCAAUGGGAGUCGGAGAAGGAAGAAUUUGACAGUGCAGAGAAGCUUUGGCGCAAACUGGAACAGGAAUGCGGGAUCAUGUCUCCCUGUCCGAACAAUGGCGAAGGAAAUUCCAAAGCACAGCGUGGAAGAUGGAAGGUCAAGGUCGUCGAAACACCUGUCCUUCCAGGUCUCAUUCAUGAACAGGCCGAGCAGAAUGACCCCUCUGGCCGGACUAAGGAUCCACUUUACACAAACGACAAUGCCGAACACUUUAUCCCUGCCUCGGGAGUUCUGCAGGAGGCAGACGAUAUUAUACCUUCCCUUAGCACGUAUCAUCGUCUUGCAUCGACUGUGGUACGCCGUCGUACCACUCGGCAGCACUCUGCCCGUUUGAAGCACAGGCAAAGUCGCUGCGCCGUGCACGCCCACGUGAAGCAAAUCAUUCAAGGCCUAUGGGAAGAAACAUUUGAGGAAGAAGGGGCAGUAUGGUGUCAGGAGAUGAUGCGUCUCCAAACAUUGUCGCGCUCGCGCUCCAAGAUGUCUCGUUCGCAGUCGCGAAGACCUACCACAGAUGAAUACGAGCAAUUAAGUGGCAUAAAACUAGGAAGCUCACUCAAUAUUGGCCUAGGUAUCACCAUGGGACGAAGCACUAGUGUGAAGUCUGCCGGGGCGGAGAGCCUCAUUGACCUCUACACGUAG